UUCUAAGCAAAAAAAAUCGUAACUAACAUCUUUAUUUUGUUGAUAGGCUAGUCACCUUUCUUUUUCUUAGAUUCUUUAAAGUUUUGAGUAAGUAGGCAUAUUUGAUUAGCAGGUUGGAUGCUUCUGUUGCUUAGGGAGGUGUAUUGUGUUACAUGAAAACAGGAUGAAUUUAAAUGUACCCAGUUUGGCCAUAUACAGCACAGACUACAUAAAACUUGGAGGUAUGGAACCUCUGGAGGCAUUAAAGUUAACAUUUUGUUUAGGCAGUAUGCCUUUGUUUGGUGUGUAAGUCCUUCUUCCAGGUUUGUACAUUCUUAAAACCGUUAUUCUACCCUCUCUAACUCCUCCCAGCAGCGAAAGGGAGACACUUCAGCUGGAACAAAAUAGUGGAAGAAAUGGCGUCUGGGGUUCAGUGGGGAUUCGCAGUGUGUAUGCAAUGUUUGCAAGAUUACUUUUUAUGUUCAAUUAAUGUAAAUAAUCACAAAAUAAAUCAGUGCUUAGUGUCAAGUAGGGAACAUUGUAUACCAGUAGAAACUCCUAGUGGGUUUGCUGUAAGCCUCUUAACCUCUUGGGGCCUCAGUUUCUUCAUCUGCAGUAUGAAGGAGUUGGACUCCAUUAUCUUUAAGGUCCAUUCCUGCUCUAAAUCCUGUGCUUUUCUGAAGUACUCUGUUUAACAACUCAUUGCUUUCCCCUUUGACUAUUUUGAAUUACAUGAGCAGUACAUGAACUGCAAUUGCAUGUUGUCUAAAAUAGUUUUUCUGUAGGAUAUUAUAUAAAAAACUAAUCCCCCUUUAGCUGGUUUAUAAGCGUGUGUGUGUGUGUAGCCACACAUAAAAAGCUAGUGAUAGUAGGUCUCUCAGAAAAUAUUUUCCAGUUUUCUAACCUUGAAUGUUAUUAACUUUCCUAUAUUACAGGAGAUACUACUCGUCAACGAAUCAAAUUCAGUGAUGACAGAGUAUGCAAGAGUCACCUUCUGAACUGUUGCCCCCAUGAUGUCCUCUCUGGAACUCUCUUUCUUUUAAGGCCUGGUCUAAAAUCAGUUACUCGGGUACAUACAAACCUGAACUUUAAAACUGCUGCAGCCUCUUUGAUAGUACAUAUGCAAAAGAGGCAUGAAAGUAUGGAGAAGCAGAGUAAGUGAUAAGACGUAAACAAACCCGCACAAAAUUUUCUCAGCCAGCCACUAGAAUGUGAUUUACCACAAACAUCAAGCAAAGUCACAGAUUCUCUAUCACUGGAAAUAUUUUUAAAAAUGUGAGAAUGGAUCUUGGAGAAUGUCUGAAAGUCCAUGACCUGGCUUUAAGGGCAGAUUAUGAAAUUGCAUCCAAAGAACAAGAUUUUUUCUUUGAACUUGAUGCUAUGGAUCAUCUGCAGUCAUUCAUUGCAGAUUGUGAUCGAAGAACAGAAGUGGCUAAGAAAAGACUAGCAGAAACUCAAGAAGAGAUUAGUGCUGAAGUAGCAGCAAAGGCAGAACGUGUUCAUGAGUUAAAUGAAGAAAUUGGUAAAUUAUUGGCUAAGGUGGAACAACUAGGAGCUGAAGGGAAUGUGGAAGAAUCCCAGAAAGUAAUGGAUGAAGUAGAGAAAGCGCGAGCAAAGAAAAGAGAAGCAGAGGAAGUUUAUCGGAAUUCUAUGCCAGCUUCCAGUUUCCAGCAGCAGAAACUUCGAGUUUGUGAAGUCUGCUCUGCCUAUUUAGGUCUUCAUGAUAAUGAUAGACGACUGGCUGAUCAUUUUGGGGGUAAACUGCACCUGGGAUUUAUUGAAAUAAGAGAGAAGCUUGAAGAAUUAAAGAGAGUUGUAGCUGAGAAGCAGGAGAAAAGAAACCAGGAACGUCUGAAACGAAGAGAGGAAAGGGAGAGAGAAGAAAGGGAGAAGCUGAGGAGGUCUCGGUCACAUAGCAAGAAUCCCAAAAGAUCCAGGUCUAGAGAGCAUCGCAGACAUCGGUCCCGCUCCAUGUCACGGGAACGGAAGAGGAGAACUCGAUCCAAAUCUCGGGAGAAGCGCCAUCGCCACAGAUCCCGCUCUAGCAGCCGAAGCCGCAGCCGCAGCCACCAGAGAAGUGGGCACAGUUCUAGAGACAGGAGCAGAGAGCGAUCCAGGAGGAGAUCCUCAAAAGAAAGAUUCAGAGACCAAGACUUAGCACCACGUGACAGAGACAGGAAUUCAAGAGACAGAUCACCUCGUGACAGAGAUCGAAAAGAUAAGAAGCGGUCCUAUGAGAGCGCUAAUGGCAGAUCAGAAGACAGGAGGAGCUCUGAAGAGCGCGAAGCAGGGGAGAUAUAAUUAGCUGUGUACAUAUCCUCAACCCUUAAGCUUCCUAUGGAGUUACAUACUAUUGUUUAGUUUGCAGCUGUUCGGGGUGACACAGUGAGCAGUUCCAGAUACCGAUCCAGCUAGGCUAGAUGUACAGUAUCUAACUUGAUCUGAACUUGUUUUCCUUGAUGAAGCCUAAAACUACAUCCAUAGUUUCUGGUGACCCUGUAAUACAAUUCUGAAAGUACAAUUUUAUAUAAUAAGACACCAGUGUCUAUAUUCUUUGUAGUAGGAGUGGUAGUGAAUGAAUUGUGUUACUUGCCUUGGGAUUUUUUGAACAUUUGUAAAAUGCUGUCUUCCUUUCUAGUCUUGGAAUUUUUCUUUUUAAUUAUUCUUUCUUUGACUUUUGUAUCCCCUAAUACCUCCACGCUCUCAUUAUAAAAAAACGGGGGCAGGGAAGCAAUAUAACUUCUGUUCUAAGGUUCUGUUCCCAUUAUUAAUUACUAGCUGAUGACAGUUCAGAGCAUUUAUACUGGAAUGUGUGCAGGAGAAAUUUAAAAUUCUAGGACUUUUGUUUUAUUUUAACAGUGCCUAUUUAGAGUUGGAAGUUGAACAGCUGUUGCAUUACAUACUUUGCUUUUUUAUUGAAAUUUUGAAAUCAAACAUGUCUUGAUUUUUUCUGUUCUAUUGAAUUGCUAUGUUCAGGAUGUUUUGGAAAGGUGGGUGGGGGCAGGGACUAUUUCAUAAGCACUUCUUUUAUUUUGUGUGUGUGGAGUAUAAAGACUACACCCUUACUGUAAAAAAUAAUAACAAUAAAGUGAAAGAAACAAUCACUACCAACAUAAUUCAACUGUAACUUGUAAAUUGUCACUAGAACUAUUUGCUGUGGGCAUUUUCUUCUAUCGAUAAUAGUGCCUAUUGUGCAAGGCACCAAAUGAAAUAUAUACUGCAAAGAUUCAAGAUGAACUGUUGUUCCUCUUGGGCCCCUUGCCGACUGUAUUCCAGCUCCUUCAGGGAUGUCUGGAACAACUGCUAUAGAGAAGGACCGGACCUACAGAAGAAAUUAGGGUUUUUGUUUGUUUUGCUUUUCAUUCAGCAAACUGAAAUAAAAACAUGGUGUAACCAAUGUAA